AGGCCAGCCACCAGGACCACGCCGUGGAGCCGCCGAGGCAGGCACCGCGCGAGGACUCGCGCGGGCUGCACGAGGAACGGUCCAUGCGCGAGGAGCUCCUCCGGAGCCUGGACCCCCGGCGCCUCGACGAGCCGCGGCGCCGCAGCCCCCUCCGCGACGAGCCCCGGGCGGCGCCCGCGCGGGAGGAGCCGCCGAGGGCGCGAGGCGACGACCGCGGCCCCCCUGGCGGACGCCAGCAGGACCUGCUUCGCGAGAACCUCGCCGGCGGCCAGCCGUACGCGCGAGAGCCGGGCACGCCGCAGCAGCAGCCGCCGCAGCACCACGGCGGCGGCCGCUUCGCCGGCGGCGGCAACCCCUACGUGCUGCCCUGGGAGGACAGGGGCGGGCACAGCAGCGGGCUCGACGAGAGCAGCCUGCCCCCGGACUACUCGUCCGCGUCGCUGCAGGGCGGCGACGGGGACGACAAGGGCCUCGCGCACGGGCGCCGCAGCCGGCGGCAGGGGACCGGCGAGGCUCCCGGGCCCCCCGUGCUCGCCGACUGGGACGCCGGCGGGCGGCUCGCCGCAGACAGGGGCACGCCCGGCGCCGCCGACCGCGGCGGGGCCGCCGCGUUCGGGCUGCACGGCGGGCCUCCCGCAGAGCCCGCCGCGCGGGCCCGGGGGGGUGGCUUUGGGAAGGCCCCGCCGCCCGCCGAGGCGGGCCGCGGGCGCCGCCACCGCCGAGACGCGAGGGCGGCGAUGGAGCUUCGACAGAGCCGAGCCCCCGACCCCCUUGCCGCGCGCAUCUCGGCCGACGCGCCCUUCGUGCGCGCCCGCGGCGCGCCGGCCCGCGGCGUGGCGGAGGAGGGCGGGGGCGAGGAGGACGGCGGCGGCGGGGAGGCGGCUCUGGCGCCGACGGGCGUGGAGGUGGUCGCGCUGCGCGCAGCAUGGGGCGGCCCGCAGCACCAGCCGCGGCACGGCAACGCCGGCCCGCAGCACCACGCCGCCACGGCGGGCACCGGGGGCUCGGAGGAGGUGGCCGUCGACGCGGAACGUUCGCGGCGGCCUGCGCGAGCAGCCCGACGCCGAGGAGGACCGGAAGCUCGCCGAGGCGGCGCCCCCUCGCGGCGCGGAGGCGGGCUGGCCGAAGCGGAAGCCCGGCCGGCACGCGGGCGGCCUAGGCAACGUGCCGGCGCCCUCCGUCCGGCGCAGCCCGGACCCGGACGCCUGGCAGCAGGACCGGACGCGCUCGACGUCGCCGCGCGCCCGAUCCAGCUUGGCGGCGGCUUCGGCGGUGGAGCCGCCCCCUGGGGCGCCGGCGACUGGCAUGGCCUGGGCCACGGCGGCGGCGGCGGCCCCAGCCCCGGGGGACAGGCGGAGCUGGCUCCAGGCCGCCAGCGCCUCCUCCACCGACUACGCCGGGUCCUCCAGCAGCCGGGCCUGCAGCCUCGCCGGCAAGGCGGGCCCCGAGGCCGCCGGCCCCAGGGAGAGGGUGCUCCUGAGGGCCUCUCCAGCCUGGGCGCCAGCCUGCACAGGCGGGGCGAGUGCACGCCGUGCAAAUUCAUCCGCUCCCUCCGCGGCUGCCGCGACGGCUCGAUGUGCAUGCUCUGCCACGAGCCGCACGAGGAGCUCUCGAGGUCCGCGGUGAGGAAGGCCGCGCGCACCAAGGGCCUGCUGCGGCGCUCCAUGAUCGAGAGGGCGGAGGUGGCGGCAGCGCCCUGGCUGCGCGACGGCUCCCGCCCUGCCCCGGGCCCCAGCAAGGCGCCCUCGGUGAGCUCGGCGUCCUCGUCCCUGCUGGGCAGCGGGGUGGGCUCGUUCACGACGCCGCGGAAGGGCGGCCGCCCUACCUCCGCGCGUUCUCCCUCUGAGCGUCGGAGGGAGCAAGAGCGGCACCGCCUCAUGGGGGGUUAGAAGCUCGAACCUGGCGAGGUACAGAUGUCGCUGCUCGUGCUGGAGAGCCUGCGUUGCCACGGCGGGGGUUCUCAUCUCGACAUUCUGGCCAGAGCGCACCUCAGCGGAGGUCCGAGGAGCUGCGGUACUGUCUUUUUUUGCCUCCCAGCUGGUCGGGCGACCCCACGGCGUGUAUCUUUUUUGAGGGACGCCACGGCUUCCCGCCAUCAGUGUCACGCUGGCCGGUCGGACGACCCCACGGCGUGUCCCUGUCUGAAGACACGCCAGGAGUUUUGCGGCACUCGCAGGCCUGGAAGACGCACACAGUCUGAAAGACCAUGCGCGUGGCUUUGCCCGCUUUGCCCCCCCCCGAUUCCGAAGCGGGGGGGGGGGGGCACUUGGGCUUUUUCGCUCUCGCGUGAAGCCGGGUGCGUCCCCCUUGCAGGAGGAAUACCC